AAAAACAUGUUGUGCUUCUCGAACUUCUACUCCUUCGGGGUGAAAGUCAUUCUCUUCCUCCAGUUCCUCUUCUUCGUCAUCACGGCGGGUUAUCCAGUGUAAAUAUGUCACGAUCAUACAACACGAAAGCAGGAUGAAGGUGUGCAUGAUGUCGAUGUGUGGAUUUUUUGAGAGCCACAGUCGUCAGCAUCUAUAAUUAGCAGAGGAUCGAUGAAGAUGAACAAGAGCUGCAUAGUACAGGAAAUAUGCAUGCCAGAUCUGCAGUAGGUACUACUGUCGUAGUAUGACCAUGACAAAUUUGCAUUGCAUACCUGGUUGGACCCGGAGCAGAAGUCGUCCUCGUCCGAAAUUCCGUUUUAUCAAGGCGAAAAACACGUUCAAGAACUCACCACCAGUUACUCAAACAAGAAUAAGAUAAAGGGCGCUCAAGUUCUUUGAUUGAUUCUUUCGCGUCGUCGUUGUGCAGUGCUUUGAUGUGUUUCGGCGCAUCGAGAAAUUCCCUGUAGUCAGAACGGGGAGGACAGCCACAAACUCGGACUCUAUUAUGCUGCUGCACAACUCUCUCUUUUCUAUGCUUUCAACAUUUGAUGUCAGACGAAACGCCCGGAGUACGCCAUACUUCCUGGCAAGGAUUUGCAUGACCGCGACAAGUUGUGGCUACUACUCCAACUGAGAUAUCAAUAGGGUUACAGUACAUGCAGCAUGGCU